UGCAUCUAUUUGGCUUGCUGUCCCCACAACUUUGGCGGCCUAAGUAACGUGAAUCUUGGGCAGCUACCGAGAAUCGGCAUCAGCCACCUGGCGCAAGCAUAUGACCACGAGGCUCUCUUCGCUGGAUUCAGAAUUGUGGUAGCACAAUCGGUGGUCAGGUUCUUGUUUGCAUAUCGAUUGUGUCGAUCAUAUCGAUCAUGACCCAUGGAGGCUCUCCUACCAUGGCCACUGAACCGCCAGCCAAACGGGCACGAUUGUCCAUGGCUUGCAACGAAUGCAGGAGGAGAAAGGUGAAGUGCGACGCAAUCUAUCCCAAGUGUCAGAACUGUGCACGUCGCAAUCAUGAAUGCUUCACCAGCGAUUCUAGGCGGCCCAAUGUGCCUGUUCUGCGUGAAUGGAUCGAAGACAGAUCUUCCGCUGUGCAAUCUUCGCCUGCUCCAACUGCACGAAUCCAGGACGUGCUCAAUCACUCACCAGCGGCAGCAAUCCAUCAUGUAAUCCAUACACCAGCCGUUCCAACGUCUACCGUGGAGGAGGUUUCACCCCUGCAGCUUCCGUACGAGAUGUCAUUCAAUGCAGACCGGCACAGUAACCGUAUGAAGAUGAUGGGAAGCAGCAGUGCACAGUGUCUGAUCAAGUCGCUUGAUUUGUAUCUUGAGAAAGCGGCGCUGAAACCAAUUCUGCCUCAUUUCCAGUAUGGGUUAAGACACACCGAGGAAUUGGAUAUCCCAUUGAUGGUAUCUCUGCCACCUUUUCCUGCAGAACCUGAGCGCAUUCUUUACCUGAGGCAUUUCUUUUCAACUAUCCACAUGCUGUGGCCAAUCUGCACCGUCGAUGAAACAAAGGCAGCCAUACAUGCGCUAGCGUCCAUUCAAGACUUCUCCACAUUUACUCGUGACCAUAUACCUAUGCUGACGCUCAGCUACCUCAUUAUGAGCCUUGGAGCUGACGAAGCGGCUCAAGGUCUCUCUGUGGAUGGAAACAAAUAUCUGGUAGCAGCUACAACCUUGCUUGGCCACGUGUUAAUGGUACCAUACCUAGACACCGUGCAGGCACUGCUUGCUUACACGAUUGCAUAUCGAGGACGUAGUAAAGAUGGCUUGGCUUGGCAGAUGGUUGGCAUGGCCACUAGGAUCGCUCAAACACUUGGUCUACACAAGUUUUCACUUCGUAAUCCUUCCCUCGAACAUGGAGUUACAGACAAGAGCCAACAGCAAUUUCAUGCUCGUAUAUGGGCGAUCUGCUGCUGUUUGGAAAAAUUGUUACAGCUUGAGGGUGGAAGGCCAUCAUCCAUCUCGACUGUUAGCGAUGACCAGCUCCUGGGUGACCAGAGACCUUUAGGCCGACCAAAUUUUCUUCUCUGGAGCAUGAAAUUAGCCGAACACCAACACGGAAUUUGUCGACAUAUCUACGGGCACAGACCUGGUGAGCGGUGUGCUGAUGACAUUUUGCAAAUCACGGCCCAUCUUGAUGAUGCACUGCUGAGCUGGUCAGCAAUUUUGCCCCUGGAAUACCAACCAGAGAACAUCAUGUUCUGUACAGACGAACAUUUUCCGAUCGCUGCCUUCUUGUGCAUUCAAUUUCACCAAGCGGUGAUCACUUUGCAUCGUGCCGCGCUAAUCGCGCCUCGCGGACUCUUUGACACGGAAGUUGACAAGUAUUGUCCCAACAGCCUGUCCAAAUUUCGCAUUAAAGGAGGUGAAACAAUCUCAAUGGAUAGCGCAAGGGCUAUUGUCCGUAUAACUCUAGAAAUUGCAGAGCGAGGGGUGCACUCUCGCAUACACUCGUUGAGUCCGGUUAUUCUCUCAUGCAUUGCCAUAGCGAUCUACUUGAUGAAGCAUCCUCAAGGGAAAACCCAGGGAGCAGAUUUGGAACUGCUUAAAUCUGGGCUUGAAUUCACUAGUGAGCAAUACACGGCCGCUGGCCAGGAUCACCGGGUUGUGAAGGGUCUCGCAUCCAUAUACGAUAAAGUUCGAUCUCAUUUACAUAAACAAUCAAGUAAGGAAUCCCGCGGGCAAAUCCAAGCGGGAUACGCGCAAACGGCACGCAACAAAACCAGUUUCUAUAACAAAAACAUCGGCAACAAUGAGACCGACUCGUCUAUUUCGCAAAAAAUCUCACAGAGCACUUCAGAAAUGCAGUUCAACCAAGCCAGGGACUCUGUGGAGCCUGAUCUUCGUGGGCCACGAUUAAGCAAUACUGCGGGCGGUCAAAGUCCGUCCGACCAGACGAACAGUAGCUAUCCUGCGAUGGCUAGCUCCAAUAACAUGCCACCAAACUGGGGCGGUGCUGUACUUGCCAGUCUUCCGCAAUCUUUCCCUUCACAAUCUACGAACAAUGCCAUAGAUGGCUCUAUAUCUAAUAGUGAGCUUGGCAACGGCGACCUACCAUUCGACCAGUACAGUAUAAUGUCUAUGUGGGAUUGGAUGGUGUGA